ACCAAGCAGAUCGCCCUAAAAAAAUAAUUGGAAUAUUUGCUUCAUUUAAUUCUUCAACGAUGAAAAGAUCUAUUGACAUGAAGAAAGACUACCGAGCGUCCGAGUUAUCGAGCGAUGAGGACUCUGAGCUGCAAGCUGAUAAAAAACCGCGUUUGGUCGUCGACCAGAAUAUUCUAAAAACGAUGGAUGUGAUGAUGCACGGCUUAAGCUAUCUGGGUGGCAGCUCCAUCGAAUUGAAGCUGGAGAAUCUCUCCUGUUUCUUGAGCAGUGUCAUGGAGAGCCACAAGGUAGAUAUCCUUCGCAUCCUGGAGACCUGCGUGCUCGAGCAUCCGGGCCAUGUGAGUGCCUACGCCACCUUUGUGGGUCUCGCAAAUGUAAGGAGCUAUCGCUUUGGGGCCGACUGCAUUCAGUUUAUGGUAAUGAAACUGCGGCACUAUGUAAUCGAGGGUGAGUGGUUGAAGGUCCGUGUCCUUCUGCGCUUUCUGGCGGAUCUACUCAAUUGCAAUGUGAUCACUGGUGCGUCUCUGAUGAAACUGCUCAACGCUUUCGUCACCGAUUGCGAGGAUCUCAGUGAGACGAGGGACAAUGGUGAUGAGCUUGCCCGACGCGAUUGGUUGGCCUUUUGUGUACUCUCCGCAUUGCCCUUCGUGGGCAAGGAGCUGGAUCAGAGGUCAGGCUUCUCGCGGCUCAUGCUCACGCUUCAAAUCCAUGUGAAGAAGAGAAUUCCCCUGAAUUUGCCCCUACUAAGUGUGUGGCGGGAUGGCACCUUACCACCGCAGAUCGAUCAGCUGGAAGCGCUAUGGAAUCAGGUGAAGACCAUGGAGGAGCUUCAGUGGCCCGAGCCAGAGCACCAGCUCUUGCCGCGCCCGUACCUGGCAUUUGAUGAAAAGCUGAGUGCCGCUCUUCAGCACUCCUUGCCCAAAUUUGAAAUGCCACCCCACCAGCGGGGCUGGAGCUAUCCCCAAACGGAGGUGAUCUUCCGCAUCUUUGAAUUCCGCGUGACAUCGCACGAUGAGCUUAAGCUGCCUUCAACGCUUAGCAUUGAGCGAUACCUACUGGAGGGUCAGAUCCUGUACGUGCUUCAGUCCCAUCACCUGGACAGGAAGAAGUGCGCCAAGCAUCUUCUGAACAUUGCCGCCUCCAAGCCGGAACUAGCUGUGUGCCACAGCAUCGUUGAGGUGAUCUUGGGCGAAAUGCUGCGCCUGCCUAAUGCCGCCUGGUCCGCCAUCAAUUACGGAUCCAUUCUGAUCGAGCUGUGCCGUCUCCAGCCGUUCAAGAUGCCUCCCAUUGUGGUGCAGGCCUCGAAUAUCAUAUAUUCCAAACUAGAUUCAAUGAACGUGGCCUGCUUUGAUCGCUUGGUUAACUGGCUAUCGCUUCAUCUCUCCAACUUUGGAUUUCAAUGGCACUGGGCCCAGUGGGCAAAGGAUUGCCUAGGCUAUAGCUAUUAUCAGCCAAAGGCAAUCUUUCUCAGGGAGCUAGUGGCCAAAUGUAUCAGACUAUCGUACUAUCGAAAAAUAUCUACACUGCUGCCACAAAGUCUGGGUAGCUUCCUUCCGCCCCAGCCUCAUCCCCACUUCAAGUACAUCGAUCCCCAAAUUCCGGGUGCGAAGUUGUCUGAGCAACUCCUGGAAGCAAUGCGUGACAAGCAAUCUGAGGUUGACAGAAUCUCGGCAAUGCUAAAGGGUGCUUCUGGCAUUACAGAUUUGUGCAAGAUCAAUGUGUUUACCCAAAACUGUAUGCAUAUGAGCUCCAAAUCAUUCUCCCAUACCUCCGCCACGAUAGCCAAGUAUCUACAGAUGUUCAAGGACUUGGCUAAAGGCGAGGAUGAGCAGCUUACAAUUCUGGAGGGAAUUUUCGAAGUAUGGUUUAAUAACCAACAAUUCAUGAUCAUGGUAAUUCAGAAAAUGAUCCGAAUGGAGGUACUCAUGCCCAAGUAUGUGGUGUCCUGGCUCUUUGGACCGGCAAUGCGCAGGGAGCUCACCAAGAUGUACAUUUGGGAGAUACUCCAUGCCACGGUGCGUUUUGUCCAAAAUCCUCAAAGAUUGGGUCCAAAGAAACGCCACGCGGUAAGGGAAGAGCCUCAAGAUUUGACUGUGACCGAUUCGGCCAUCCGAAGCAUUCUUCUGGAUAUCAUGCAACGUAUCAUAAAGAUCCUUUGUAGCGAAACCGAAAGUCCAGUCGGAUCCGAUGAAUAUUAUCGCUUCCAGUGGAUCCUUGGCAGAAUGCAGGAGCUUCUAUUUACAUACGUAGAUGAAUAUCAAAAGCUUGGCAGUAAACUUGCUAAAAUCUCCGCCGAUUCCGAUCUUCACAAAUCUAUUGCCAAGACCUUUCAGGCCUUUUUAGUUUACGUGAUGUGAUGUGAUAUUUAAAUAUAUUCACUUUUAUAUGAAACAUA